GAGCUCUUAGUUAAAAAGGUGACUUGCAUACUACGUAAGGCAUGCUACCAUUGAAAAACCUUUCUAUAAUAGCAACAGUUGAAAGUCAUUUAAAUCGUUCUUUGUCUUCGGUUUCGGUCUUGUCCCACCGAUGUCUGAGCACAUCCCUAAAGUCCAUGUGGGCAUGAUCCCCGAUGUGCAGGUGGGGACUCAGGCAGGCUUUGAGAGACACAUGGAUUCAUCCAGGAUGGAGAACAGGAAACCCUGGAGGGAGAGGUUUUUCAGAUGUUUCAGGCGGUUCAGCACUCAACCCGGAUGCCUCUGGUCCUUUACCAGGAGGUCAUCUAAGGGCUCCUCACAGGACUGCAGACAGGAGCGGGUCCACGGAGCACCCUGCUCCAUCUCCCUGCAUGAGGGGCCGGAGCCCCACACCAGCAACAGAGCCCAGGGCGGGCACAGGGGGGAAAGUGUGUCCACAGGGGACACGAAUGAGACCUACAGGGUGUGGAGUGUCCGGAGACGCCGACUGGAGACGUUGGUGGGCAACCUGGUGCCUGCCUUCCUGGGCGGUGACCCCGCCUACCUCCCCACAUUCCUGGGCACCUACAGGGCUUUUGGCACCACCCAGCAGGUGCUGGACCUUCUCUUCACGAGGUACGGAUGCAUCCUCCCUUACUGCGAUGAGGAUGGUGGACCCCUGCACCAGCUGAAAAUGGCCAUGGCCUCCAUCCUGGGCACCUGGCUGCACCUUUACCCUGAGGAUUUCCAGCAGUCCCCAGAAUUUCCCUGCCUGAAGAUGCUCCUCGCUUACAUAGAGCUCAACAUGCCUGACUCGGACCUGGAGCAGCGAGCCCGCCAUCUCCUGACGCUGCUGGAGACCCUGGAGCCCACUGAGGCCGAGGGUCAUGACCCAGCACCCGCUGGAGAAGAAGCUCCGGAAACAUCAUCAGAUCUCGCGCCAACAGCACCCCUAAUACCUGCCACAGCUCCACAGUCAGAGCAAGCUCAAAGCCCAGCUCCCAUUCAAGUUCAAGGUCUGCAUCAAGUAAACAUGCCAGCUCCAAACCCGGAGCCACAGCAUGCUCAUGCCCUGGCUCUCACUUAAGCUGAGUGGCGAGGAAAAGUACCUCCAGGCUCCAGUUGUAGAUCCAGAGAACGUGCAAGAAACAGCUCUCUUCUCCCUUCAGAGCCUGAAUCACCCGGAAAAUCCUGUGCCAGCGCUACUUCCACAGCCUCAGUCCCCAGUCUUAAGCCAACCUUGGCCAGGGCACUGCCUGGGCUCUGGAGCCUCUUGGUGCUUUGCAAUCAGCUGUGGCUCCGGUGUUAUCCAGCUGUGCUUCCAGAGACCCCAGCAGACCCAGCUUGUGUAGCAGCUCAGGUGCUGGAGCCAGUUCCUCCCCUAACAUCCCUGGAACUGGUCUCAGACCGUCAGCGAGCCUUGCCUUGCCCGGCAGAUGG